CUGCAGAGGCCAGCCAGCGCCCUCAAGGAGAUGCUGGAGAACAGCUUGGAUGCCGGGGCCACGCAAAUAAUCGUCACCGUCAAGGACGGCGGAAAGGCGCUGCUGCAGAUACAGGACAACGGGCACGGCAUACGGAAGGAUGACCUGCCCAUCCUGUGCCAGCGCCACACCACCAGCAAGCUGCGGGAGUUUGAGGAUCUGCUGGGCAUACAGACCCUGGGGUUCAGGGGCGAGGCUCUGGCCAGCAUCUCGUUUGUGGCCCGCCUGUCCGUCACCACAAUGACGGAGGGCGCGGUGCACGGCUGGCGCGCCUCCUACACAGACGGCGUGCUGGAGGCGCCCGGCCCGCGGCCCACCGCCGCCAACCGCGGCACGCUCAUAUCAGUGGAGGACCUGUUCUGGAACGUUCCGCUGCGGAAGAAGGCGCUCAAGGGGGUGGGCGAGGAGUACCGCCACAUCCUGGACGUGAUGGGGCGGUACGCAGUGUACAAGGCGGGGGUGUCCCUGACCUGCAAGCGGCAGGGAGAGGCGCGCUCGGACCUGCACACGCUCGCCGGCGCCAGCCGCCUGGACUGCAUCCGGUGUGUGUGGCCAGGGGGGUGGCUGGGUGGCUGUACUGUGUGUGUGUGUGUGUGUGUGUGUGUGUGUGUAGAACUGGGCUGGUUGGCUGUGGGAGUGGGGGGAGUGGGGAGGCGGGCCAGCAGGUGA